AUGAUAGAUGCAAGGGACAUGCUCCUGCACGGGCAGCACAAAGCCUUCAUCCUUGAACAAGUCCCGGGCUUUGACAAACAUGAGACAGCUUCGGAUCCAUCAAAGCCCACUCCGUUGCGCAGGUUUCUGGAUAUGAUCCACACCGAGCUGAAGGUGGCCAAGAAGCCAGGCUACCAUGCCGUGGUCCUGAGGGCUUCCCAUCAAGAUUGGGUCCAGCUGAUGCGUGACAGGGAAGCUUUGAGAGGCUUGGAAGAUGAGGUUGAUGCUGAGCCGGCUCAGCCUUUGGACGAUGACGAGCGACAUCAAGCUGCGGUGGAGAGAGCAGCGCAGGCAAGGGCAGCCCGAGCUGGAUACACAGAAGCAGCGCCUUGUCAGGAUGAGUCUGACGGUUUCGCUUUGGCAAGUUUUGGAUUGCUAAAGCUCGGAACAGACUUGCAGCAGCAACUCGCGCAAGCUGCGUGGAAGCUCAGAGGGGCCAAGACAGCCACCGUGGCAAGGUUCAAAAGGAUGUUCAGUGAACUGCUGCUGCAUUUUCGGCCUACGGGCAGCCUGACCUCACAGGCUGCAAUGAUGCAGCAGGACAGACAAGCACUGCACGUCGUGAUGCAGCAGGCAGCAUGUUAUUUGGUAGUUUUCUCAGCUUUUUUGAUUGGGGCCUUGCUGGCUACCCUGUCAAAGCUGUGUGCUGGUGUGAAUCCCAAGACCCACAGGGUGGUGAUGCUCCUUGUCCGAAGGGCUUAUGAUGAAACUCCUUCGGAUAUCAGCGUCGCUUGGAUGACACAUUCUGAAUUGGGUGCAUUUAACAAGAAGCGAAGCAAGCAGGAGGGGACUGCGAAAGUCCUCCAGACCCGAUGCGAUGUUUUGAUUCUGAUGAAUCAUGUCUCGAGCGCGACCUACUACAGCAUGAGGAUUCCCAUGCCUUGCUGGCUCAUGGCGCUGGAGAAAACAAAUGCUCAGACGACUGCCAAGGCCCAGAGGUCAAUUCUGGACAUGAUUCCUGGCCUCCAGUCCUUCGGCCAAAAGGCCAAAUAUAAUCUGCAACUCGUGACAACCGAUCGCUGUGCUUCCAACUUGAAAGCCGAGAGACUCCUCGACACUGGGGGAAUCAACGGCUGCACAACACAUCAUUUUUGUGUUGUGCAUAUGACCCACACCUGUCAAUCCAAGACCGUCCAGAUGCUGGACGGUCAAGUCACCGGGAUGGUUGCUACAGCUUUGACUUGUAUGGACGCGGGAAGCAUCCGAUCGCUUCGAUCAUCGAUGGAGAAGGUUCUGAAAGACAAGGUGCAUUUGUGCUUCGGGUCUCGGCCGGAGGAUCCGUUUGCAAACGAGUACAGAUCUGCUGUCUUGGAAACCUUCCUACCCUUGCAGGACGAUGAUGGAGAUGAGCAUGUUCUUGGCAGGAUGCAAGAGCAUUACUUGCAAAGAAAGCGAAGUCGAGCCAUCAUCAACUUCUUCCUGCACGGGGACCUGCAAGACCAAGAUGAGAUAUGGUUCUGGAGUGAAACAUGGGGACUGGAGCAAGAGCAUGUUGUGCAACUCAUGGCAAAAUGGCUCAUCCCAGUUUUGCUUCCAAAGCGGCCUCCAAUCUUUUCGCGCACCCGAUGGGACGGGUUCCAUGACUCUCUCCUGUGGUUCGGACUGGCACAGGCUUGCCAUGGCUUGCUUCGCCCUACGCUGCAAGACUUUCUGAAUGUCACUCCGACGGUGCUGCCGCGUGCGGCAGAGGAUGACCGUCAGGAGGUCGAUGCAGAUGAGGCAGACAUGGAGGCUGUCACCGGGAACAUCGACUGGAAGGAGCUCAAGGUGAAGAUGCGGCAGAAAGUGCAGGUGUGGCUUCAACAACCGUUGUUCCCACCUGUGCUUCUUAUGCUUCAGGCCUUGCGGCCAAUGUCUCGAUUUUACCACCGCCUGAUUUAUUCGGGCGGUGCGGAAUGGGAAGACAUUGAGAGGACGAAAGAGUCCCAAGGCUGCCGUCGAUCGUAUGCGGUGCUUGAGGCGGCGCGGGAAUCAGAUCUCAAUGCUUACCGGCGGAGUGUGAGUGACACCUUCCACGAGCAGAUCGUGCUUCUCCCGCGAUGGUGUCACUUCCGCCACUACCAGGUGCUUCUGUUUCGCAUGCUCAGCCGCAAUGUGUGCAGCACGGAGUUUCUGAUCGGCACAACCUACAGGUCAUACCCAAUCAAGCUCUUCAAGAGUUUAGACAAGGUGCACGAGGCGACGGAUCCGGAGUGCAUGCACUGCCGUCUCACAAAGCUGAUCCUCUCGGAGGGUUGUGACCUGGACAGUCCUGAGUCGCAAGCUGUUCUGACGGCCAUCGCUUCAAUGUUUCAGUUGCACAUUGCUUCGAUAGAAGCCCGAUCGAACAGUGCUGACCGAGCCCAGUUCUGCCGUGACAUGCCUGUGUCCGGAACAGCCCAAGCAGACACCGUGCCGCCCGAGCCGAAGCAGCCGGAGCGAAAGAAUCCUUGGAAUGCAUUCCUCAGCGAGAAGUGCCGCCGCAGAAUCUCUGACCUCGGCAGCACUUCGUACGCUGCUCUCGUUGAGGAGUACCGUCUGCCGGGUUAUGCUCAUCAUGGUGCUAUUCCUGCAGCAGCGGCAUCAUCUUCUGGCUCUGGCAAGGAAGUGGCCGUGGAAGCUCUUGUGGCUGUGCCUGCCGCUGGCCACCAGGAGUUGGCAGUCCCUGACCAGGCUUACAAGUUGAUGGCUGCAGACUUGUCAGACAAACUGCAGGUGGUUCAGCAGGAGUAUCACAGGCGAUCUGCGUCUGUGAAAGACUGGUGUGACAUUUUUCGCGACAGCCGGGUUCAGCAUCGGCAAGAUCAAGAGCAUCUUUUUCGAGAAUGUGGUGUGGUGGAGCAUGUGCCUGCGCUUAAUGGCCUCGUGUCGGCGGAAAUGCGCGUACCAGCGGACAAGAUCGGCGAAGUGCCCGGGUUAGAUGGUUCAAUCAUGAGGGACCUAGAUCUGCUCUCAGUUGGUGAAAAGAGCACCUUGCGGGCCUCUCUUUUGGACAAGUGGCAGAGCAUGUGUGACUUGAUUUUGAACACAGAUGAGACACCAUUUCCAGAUGCUUCAGAUGCUCUUCCAACUCGUUGUGCACAGCUCGGCAUGUGUGUCUGUGCUUCACGUGGCUUGCAAGCUUACCUCUUUCAUUGCAGGCUGAUUUUCUGUUUGAAGGCAUUCUUCACACCCAAGAGAUCCCGCAAGAUUCGGGAUGCUGCUGGCAACAUGGUGAUCAAGGAGCUGUCGCAAGCCGAGCAGCAUCAGCAGACAAAACUGAAAUCCAACCGAAAGCUUCUGGAUGAUGGUUUCGUUGUUGUUUGCUUGCGGCCAUCCAGCCGAACUGCCGCAGCAGAAGAGGUUCUGCCUCACAAGUACAUGCACUCCUCCUGGAAAGCUUUGGCCCUGACUGCAAUGAAUGUCAGUGCGGAGGGUGAAGCAGAUUCUCCAACUUCCCUCUGGCUCCAUCUCGGCCACAUCAAUUAUACGACGUGGGCUCUCGGUGUGUUGCGUCUGGACGAAGCUGGUGCUGAUGAGGCUCGGCCUGAGUACACGAAGCUUCAAGUGCCCACACCUCAAGAAUGUUGCCAUUCCGUCAGAAUGUUUGAGCAAAGCGGCAUCAAUUUCAGUGGCCCGUGGCAGUUCACUGUCAGCAUGAUCUUGAGCAACAAUGAUGAGCUGGAAAGGGCCAGCAUGCGACCCGACACAGUGCUUGUGAAACAGCAUGCAGAAGUGCCCAACAUGGAAUUCUGGCAGGGCUGGCCGGCAGAACAGGCCCGCCAUGAAAAGAACUCCAAAAGUCGACCUGUGCCUUCAUCUGGCAAGCGGAAGAAGGAGACAUCUUCAGCCACAGCUGGGUUCCGGAAAAGAACCAAGUCUGCGCCGGGCUCAUCCACGGAUGCCGUGGAGCCUCUGCCUGCACACGAACCGGAGGACGAUGUGGCUGGAGAUCCAGUGGAAGAAGAUCUUCUGCAUGAUGAGGAAGUCCGCAGUGAGGCCUCCAGCACUCCAUGGUCUGAGUAUGUGGCCGAUGCUUUGGAGAGGGAGGAGCCUGGGUAUGAUGGAAGCUUGGAAGCGGAAGGCUCCGCUGCAGCCGCUGCAGCAGCGCCAGACAUUGCUGCAGGUUCUGUCGAUGAUGCUGAUAUGGGUCCUGCUCGUGCAGACACAGCCCACCCACGUGCCGAACCACGCCCGACAACUGUGGUGGGCUUCAAGAGUUUAGGAGACCUUCGCUUCAAUGCCAAAGACUGUCACAUCAUGGCGGACAGUGCAGCUCUUCACAAGAGCACAAGCAGAUGGCAGUGCCUCGACAUCUCAGUCUUCUGUCUAGGCAGGAAGCGAGAGCUGAGUUCAUGCGAGAACCACAUGCUGCGGAUGUUGCGAGUCACGAACGCACACGGAAUCACGAUGAUUUUCGUCGUCUUCCUGCGCAAGGACGUGUAUGGUGUCGCAGAUGCUGGUUUCCUUGCCAAGACUUACAAGGACCUCAUCACGAAGCAGCAGGAGGCGACCCCGAAGAAGCUCAGCGAUCUUUUGCCAGAGAGGGUGGAUAUGCGUUCACUGAUGGAGGGCAAAUUCAUCGAUGUCAGCCAGGGGGUGAAGCGUGGUGCCCACAGCAACAAAUCUGGGUUUGUUCGCACCUUCACAACAAGCACGGUUUUGUAUGAUUUCAGCCGUGAUGUUGUCUUGAGUGGCUACGAGAUGCUGCUACUUCAUGGUUUCCCACGAGACUUUGUGAUUCCGGCCGACAUCCCAGAGCCGGAGGUGCGCAAGGAGCUUCAGAAAUCUGUUCCGACUUUCUUCUCCCAGUCCUGGAAUGGACAUAUGGAGAUUUCUGCAGAUGGAUGGAUUCGAUGGACACAUCGAGAGGAGAAGCCGGUGCUGAAAGAGCAUUGUGCUUGUGUGGCAGCUGCUUUCAGCCGCGUGGGCAGUGAGUCCAUAGCUAGUGCUAGUGACAAGACGCCGAAGCGAGGUCCCCCGGGUGAUGAUGAUGCUGACGAGUUCGAUCGCAACAGUGAGCGAGGAAUGCCUGUGGAUGAUGGAUGUUACAACUGUGGCGGCACGUGGAGCGACACUAACCCGGGGAAGCCGUGGUCUGCUGGGAAGGAGAAGUGGUUCGACAAGGAGCCGAAGUGGCGGCCCAAGUUCCUCAAGUCGGCGAGGAUCCGGUCGGGGGAGAUCGACCCACCUCAGUGGGACACCGCCAGCAAUGUCGUAGACUGGGAAACCGUGGAGAUGGAGAUUCACCAGGAAUUGGGCCUCCUGUCGGAGGCAGAGUUCGAGGCUCUGACAACGUUCGCCGGAUCAGCUGUGAAGGCUGAGUUGCAGGAGGUGCCGAGCCCGCUCGGCCACGACAAGAACUUUUUCAUCAUCACCUUAGAUGGGCUUCCCUGCACCGUUACCAACGGAAUGAGGAAGCUUUGUUGCAAGUACAGGUUCGGCCUGACAAGGGAGGACAUGCUUUUGCAAGCAGCGAAACAGCUUGUAGAAGGGCAAGGGAAAGCGGUUUUCAGCUACCACAGCGAGGAGCAGCUGAAGCAGAGACCGAAGGGACUGCAGACCGAGCAGCAGUUCAAGGAGCUCAAGUCCUUGGAGGGGCUGAAAGAGAAAGCCCAAAAGGCUGUGGCCAAGAGCGGUGCGCAGCCAGUCAAGGCCACUGGUGAUAGCAGUUCCGAGGCUGGUGACGACGAGGACGGUGACGGUCCCAAGGCAAAGAAGUUGAAAGUUCAGCAGUCGGGGCGACUGCAGAAGCUUGCCAAGCCCAAGAGGAAGGGGGGCAAGAAAGCACCCGCCGGCGCGGAGAUUGCCGUGGUUGACAACCCAGAGGGGGUCCCCAAACCUUUGGAGUCUGUGGUUGCGGCCCGUGGCAACACGCCGAAAUGCUUUACCAACUUGCACAUUGAUCGAAUUCUCAUGGGCGAGAAGUUGAUGAGGAGUGUGGAUGCAGCGAGAAAGAUUAUGGAUGACAUGAAGGCCCAGCGCCAGUUCCAAUGGAAAACUUUGCACAAACACAUCGAACUUUGCGAGAUGGCAAACGGAUUGGUUCACAACUCCAGCCAGAUCACUGCUCGAGAGUGCCGCUUGACCAUGGAAAAGUUGUUGUCGAAUAACAUCGAGCUGCCGUUCAACAUCCGUGUCCUGGGAACAGAGAAAAUCCUUGCGGGCACUUGGAGCGAGCUUUACCACAGCCCCCAGAGCACCUCUGCCCAGGACAUCACUCAGAUCGUGGACCAGAUGAUGAGUGUUCUGAUCAGCUGGCGACAUUGCAUGCCUGAGGACGCAGCUGAUGAGGCAGAGAAGAAGGGGAAAGAGGUGGACAUCUUCAGCUUCGACGACUUGGCGGCAGAGGUGAUGGCGGACAAGGAGGACACGAAGGACGAUGAGGAGGAAACCAAGACGCUGCAGGUCUUGGAAGAGGCUGGGAUGCUUUUGAGCUUUAAAGUCUUGGUGUCUUGA